CACGCCUAAGCACACGCAGAAAGUCCUAUGCUGUGCAUAUACAUACCGUCCCCUUGCUAGGAAUGACCACAGCAAACACCCAUACAGCGUCAAAGCUUCCCGUCUUGGCCAUAGGCCAUUGGGGUUGCCAACCGACGGCCACGCCUGUCGUCGUCGUCAUCGUCGUCGUCAUCGUCGUCAUCGUCAUCAUCGUCAUCGUCUGGUUCCUCAAAGCCACCUGAAGAUGAACGUAAAGCAUAUAUGACGCCAAAGGCUCCCCCAAUCACAUUGCUUUUUGUUUGUGUUGCAUUCUGUUCCUUCCGUAAGACUCACCUCUCUCUGGGCCGGGUCGAGCGCCAGCAUCGCAAUUAUCACCUGGCGGGCAGCAGUCGUACCAUCCACUUCCAGGGUAGCAUACAUUUUGACACGUCCCGAAUUUCACCGGUUCCUCACACGCGAGUGUCGCAUACCCAUCUUCAUACACGAAGUCCCUGAGAUACACCACCACAUCCUGCCGGAAACAAUCAAUGGCCAGUCGGUCCUUCGUGCUCCCAUCUCUCUGUGAAGGCGUACCACUUCGGCGGCGUCGUUGCCGAACGGCACGAUGUAUGCGUUCAGACGUGAGAAAGCUGGCCCGGGUGGCGCAUUCCGAAUGGUUGAAACAACAUCCUCGAAGCUGUCAGCAGAGCCCUCUUCAAGUGGACAGGAUGGCUCGACUGACUCCCGAUACUUCUCCCUGCAGGGAGGACGCACGUGUUGAAUGGCAACGUGUGUAUGCCAGCUGUCAAUCUCUUUACCCGUCCACAAAAGAAAAAAUGUCCCCAUCGCCACUAAGCGAAUUGGCAGCGAUAACCACAGAUGAGUCUGAGUACAUCGUCCGGAGCUCAUCCUGAAGGGACAAAAAGAAAACAAGAUGCUGCACAUGAUGGAUGUGUCGCCUGCCUGACUGCCCGUCUUUCUUACCAGAUCGAUGGAAAUCCUCAUGUACUCGCCCGGCUGGAUGGUCUCGCUGAGUCUCAGGAGUUCGCGGCAUUCCUCUUGCUCAACGGUCGAUACGAGGCUGGCGUUGGCAGAGGGCCUGGCACCGCUGUGCUGCCCCUUCGCAAGCCCCAUGAAGUCGUCUCGCAGUCGUUGAAUGGUGUCCUCGAGCUCUUGGCUGUCGAGGUCCACCGUGGCCAGCUGUGCCUGGCAGAGCACUCCAUUGAAGGCCAGCAAGAGAGGGACGAAGACACGAGCCAUCUUGGGAGCCUGGAACGCUG